AUGGCCGCGAAAAAAGCACGUCAAGUUCGAUCAAAUGUCAAGGUUAUGCUUACGGUUUUCUUCGAUUUUAAUGGCAUAGUACAUCAAGAGUUCUUACCACAAGGUCGUACGGUUAAUAAGGAGUAUUACCUUGAAGUUAUGCGACGUUUGCGUGAAGCAAUCCGAAAAAAACGCCCCGAUUUAUGGAAAAACAAUUCAUGGCUUUUGCACCACGAUAACGCACCUGCUCAUUCGUCGUUGCUUGUUCGUAAUUUUUUGGCCAAAAACAAUACCGUAGUCAUGCCCCAACCUCCAUAUUCACCAGAUAUGGCUCCGUGUGAUUUUUUCCUGUUCCCAAAGUUGAAAAGACCCAUGAAAGGACGGCGUUUUUCCUCGAUUGAAGAAAUAAAAGCCGAAUCGCUGAGAGUGCUCAAGGACAUGCCAAAAAGUGAAUAUCAAGAGUGCUUCGAAGAUUGGAAAAAACGCUGGCAUAAGUGUAUUAUAUCUGGGGGGGACUAUUUUGAAGGGGACCACAUUGAUGUAGACGAAUAA